GGCUUGAUCCCAUGAGGCCCAAUUUCAUCUGGCAUUCGCACUCAGGCGCAUUUGUGCGCGCAUCGAUGGAACGUCGCACAAUCUGAGCCAUUGAGAAGCGCACCGGGCCCGUACGCGAUCGGUGCGGCGACGCCCGACCAUCGAUAGCGGCACACAGAGCCAGUGGAGGCAGCCCCUCCGAGGCAGCAGCGGUUGAAAACGGGUGCGCGCCAUCGAUGGAGGAAGUCGACGCCGCGGCGCCGGUCGCGCCGUUCGUGCAGCAGCUCUACAAGCUCGUGCACGAGGGGCUUCACAUAACGUGGGCGGCCGACGGCGCCGCGCUGGUCAUCCCGGACCCCACAAAAUUUGCGGCGGACCGCUGCCCCGUCUACUUCAAGCAUAGCAACUGGACGUCGUUCGCGCGGAUGCUGAACAUGUACGAGUUCCGGCGGCGGAAGAGCGCCGACGGGAGCGCGGUCUUCGCGCAUCCCCAUUUCACGCGCGACGGGGCCCGGCUCGCGCGGGUGGUGCGGAAGAAGCGGGCGUCUUCAUCAUCUUGGGAGGACGUCGACGCGGUUGGCAAGUCAUUGGCCGCGGAGGACGUCGCGCGGGCAGCGGCGUCGGGCGUCGACUGGCGUCACCGGUGCCGGGAGCUCCGGCGGCGCGUCGAACAGCUAGAGGCGGAGAACGCGCGGCUCAGGGACGAACCCGCCGUCGUCCCGAGGCAACGCGAGCCGCCCGACCGCACAACGUUCUGCGACGACCUCUUCAGCCCCAAACGAAGGCGGUCGGGGGGCUGCUUCUAAAUAUGUGUUUGUG